AAUGUUUUGGAAACCAAAUGAUGCGGAACAAUGUAACUAUCCAAGGCCCAAGGCAGCGAUAUUCAAAGACUGGAAAAUGAGUGGAAAAUAUUGAAGCUGCAAAAUGAGAUCGACCAGUUAAAAAAUAAACAACAACGAAGUAACGACACAGACUCAAGCAUUUCUUUCGAAAUUUUAAAGGAGAUCGUUAAGAAAAAUUUCAAGGUCGGCGACGAGAUGAUGCGUGCGCUGAUUCACUACAAAGUUAAGGGCGAUGCUGAAAUAUGGCUGUAUUCAAGCACGAGCGCUACUAUGGACACAGCGGAUAAAAUGUUAAGCCACCUGGAGAAAAUGUUCGUAAUGUCCAAAGAGUCAAAGUUGAGUAUGCGGCAGAAGCUACAGAACUGCGUCUGGAUCAAAGGUGAGGAGUUCUCCAAGUACUACAACGAGAAGUGGCAGCUGGCGGAUAACUUAGCACUGGCAGAAGAUGAAUUUUUGGAAUAUGUCAUUGACGGCAUACACGAUGUCAAUCUACGCAAUCUGGCUAAGUCGCGUUCGUUCAAGACCGGAUUGGAGCUUCUGGAGGCAUUCCGAAACGUUGAGUUGGGCUACGUUCCCAAGCCCAAGUUACUGGAAGACCGUAGAGCAGGAGAUUUUCAGAAGCCACGAGGUAAUGCAGAGUGCUACAAUUGCCACAGUCGGGGCCACCUGGCCAAAGAGUGCCGCAAGCCUAAGAGACAAGAUGGGGCUUGUUACGCAUGUGGCUUGCAAGGACAUGUGGCUAAGUAGUGCAACCAAUACAAGAAGUCGAAGGGCGGGGACAACGAUUAUGUAAGUUAUAUUAAAUUAACAUUUUGUACAAAGAAUAAUACACAUGGGGUUCAAUGUUUAUAGAAUGUCUCAUAGAUUCUGGCAGCCCGAUAAGUAUUAUUAAAAGACGUUUUAUACCAAGUCAAAUAAAAAUGGAAAAGACUACCUCUUUAAGUUACGUUGGAUUAAAUUUAAGUAAAUUACAAAUACAUGGAAGCGUAAAAUGUUCAGUUAAAUUCUCAAAUAAAGAUACUCCCAUGUUAU